AUGUUUGACCAAAUUAAAGGAUUAUUCAAGCAGAAAAAAACCCAUCCAAAAGAAGCCGUUACAGCAGACGAAAAGCAGAAAAACAAGGAUGUCGCAACUCGUAUUGUUCAAGAAGAGAAGCAACGCAAAAACGUUCUUCCUCAAUACCCAGGUUUGGAACGGUUUGAGAUGAUUGAAAAGAUUGGAGAGGGCGCAUUCUCUUUUGUUUUUAAGGCAAGAGAUAAAUUGACCGGUAAAGAAGUGGCCGUGAAAGUGGUUCGUAGGCGAGACUUGGACGCAUCUGAUGCUGGCAAGAACCAUCUCCAUCCCAACAUGAAAAAGAAAACAAAGGCAACCGAAAGAGAAAACAUUUUGAAAGAAGUUCAGAUUAUGCGCAAUAUCAAUCACAAUAAUAUUGUUCGUCUCAUACAGUUCUCCGAAUCUGAUGACUACUACUUUUUAGUUUUGGAACUAUGUCAUGGUGGUGAGUUAUUUCACCGCAUCGUGAAGCUGACAUAUUUCAGCGAAGAUCUUGCUCGACAUGUCAUUGUUCAAGUUGCUGAAGGUAUUCGCUACCUUCAUGAAGAAUGUGGUGUCGUGCAUCGUGAUAUUAAACCCGAAAAUAUCCUUUUUGAGCCUAUUCCCAUUAUAAAACGUGACCAUGUUGUAAAUCCUUUUAAUGACGAGGAUAAGGAAGAUGAAGGCGAAUUUAUUGAAGGCGUUGGUGGUGGUGGUAUUGGCAUCGUUAAAAUUGCUGAUUUCGGCUUAUCAAAGGUGAUCUGGGAUAACUCCACGUUAACACCUUGUGGUACUGUUGGCUACACAGCUCCUGAAAUUGUACGAGAUCAAAAAUACUCAAAAUCAGUUGACAUGUGGGCCAUUGGUUGUGUACUCUACACAAUUCUAUGUGGCUUUCCUCCGUUUUAUGACGAAUCUAUUCGUGCGCUUACUCAUAAAGUUGCUCGCGGCGAGUAUACUUUCUUGAGUCCUUGGUGGGAUCCUAUUUCACCCGCGGCAAAAGACUUAAUUAGCAAUCUUUUAACUGUAGAUCCUGAAAAGCGUUAUACCAUUGAUCAAUUUUUCCAACAUCCUUGGAUUACCAAAUCACAAUUCCCUCCUCCUGCUCGCAGCUCCACAAACACAUUGCCAUCUAAACCUUUAGUAGAAAAGAAGUUCAAGGCCAAUGACCCCCGUGCCCAAGCGAUGCAAAAUGCUGCGUCCAAGGCGGCUGCUGCUCAAGCAGAACAAAAGAGACAAGAUCAGGCUUACAAUGCUAUGAUGGCUGGUCAACAACCCGCGGCAGCCAAUGUUAAUACUAUUCCAACCAACAACGACAGUAAACCUGCAAAACGAAAUGAUAUAUUUACUCCUGGCAUCAAUUCUAUCAAGGAAAUCCUAGAUGUUACGUAUGCUGUCCAACGUAUGGGUGAAGAAAAGAAGAUGCGCACUGGAAAUACUCCUGCCAUCCAUACCGCAAACCGACAAAACGGUUUUAUUCCUGAUUAUGAUUCCAUAUCCGAGGAAGAUGAAGAAGAUGAAGACGAUGAUACCAGUUCCAGUAGUUCAAGUGAAAGGGCCAGCCAUGGUAUACAGAAGGAUGUUAUUGCUUUGGCUGAACAACUAGUUCAUGAUGGUAAAGGUAUUGCGCCUGGUGCUUAUUCACUAAAACCUAAGCAGACAUCAAAAAUACAUGAUACAGACGUUUCCAUGCCCGUAUCGAGAAAGAAACGAAAUGCAUUUGAUCUUGAUUUAUCCAAGGCUACCUUGUUGAGAAAUAGACGUGUCGUAGCCUAA